AUAUGUAUUGCAAUAUUAGAAAUCAGCGGAUUUAUCUUCCGCUACUUUCUUAAACCAUACUCAAUCUACAGUAUUGUAAUUAGUACCAGUUUGUUUUAAAAUUUAUCCUUGGACAUAUCCUAUUAAUAACCCAUCAUGAGUCGAAUCCGGUGGCGCCUGAAAGAGUUUCCCGUAAAAUUGAUCAAUUGCAUUCGAUUCCGAUACCAGUAUUCCAUUCAAUGUAUCCGAUCACUAACUUACAAUCAUCACAUGAGCCAGUCGUACGCAUCCGAUGUCUGUUUGGAACCGAUUUUCUGGUUUGUUGAUAAUUUCACUCAUCUGCUCGGUCCGUUCUUUGUGUUUGCUGUGGUCUGCCUUACAACCACCGUAGUAUUGAUCUGCUAUUGGAUUGGACUGCCGUAUUGGUGGAAUAAAAGUAAAAAUAUGACCUACUUUCUGCUCAUCGUGGGUCAUUGGUUACUGAUCAAUGUGGUGUAUAAUUUUUACAAAGCGGCAGUUACUUCCCCUGGUGUACCACCUGAGAGGGAAUUAAUAGUUGAGGCUGUUAGUAUAUGUAAAAAAUGCAUAGCACCCAAGCCACCGCGCACUCAUCACUGUUCUGUGUGUAAUAAAUGUAUUCUCAAAAUGGAUCAUCACUGCCCUUGGCUCAACAACUGCGUUGGCUACGGAAAUCACCGCUAUUUUUACUUGUACAUGCUCUACACUACUUUGGGAGUACUAUUUAUAAUAGGCUUUGGAUUUGAGCUUGGAUAUAACGUCCUUAUAGUAGGGGAUGGAGAAGGUUGGAAUGAAGUUGAACCACUACACGGACAUCCAGUUCGAUUCAAUCUUUCUGGACAUAUUAUCCCUGUGACAGAGAUGAAUGACUAUUUAAAUGAUGGUUUGGAACCCGCAAAACAUGAUUUACCGAUACCUCAUGAAUACAAUAGUAACGCCAUCAAACAUCGAGCUAUAAUAUUUAUGGCCCUGAUUAAUGUUGCUACACUGUUCGCUCUCGGGGCUUUAACGGCAUGGCAUAGCUCGCUAAUCACCCGUGGAGAGACGAGUAUUGAAGCCCACAUCAAUAAGUCUGAAACUAAACGGCUUCAAGCACUAGGAAAACCUUAUGAAAAUCCAUACAAUUUUGGUCCCCGGCGUAAUUGGAGGCUUUUCCUUGGUCUAGUUCGGAAGCGGACCUGGUGGAGACACGUAUUGUUACCAUCCGGUCAUAAACCUGAGGGAAAUGGACUGAGUUGGUUAACGAUAAAUGACUUUGCCGCGAUCGAUGGCGAGGACGAGUGGCCGUAGUCGUUCAGUCCGUGUAGUCUCGAGGCCCAUUCGCUAUAAUCCAAUCUUACCACAUAACUAGUCUUUGAAAUAAUCUCGAUCUCUAGCUUAUUUGUUUUGCAACUAAUAGAUACACUAAUUGUGGGCAAUAAUGUGAAAUUAUUUUGCUCUAUUAAAAGUCAUUGUUCAUCAUUUUCA